GCGUCCCACCCCCAAGCUCUCUCCUGCUCGCUAAGUUCCCUGAGGCUUUGUCCAGUGAGGAGCUGUUGUGGGUGAAGGCCUGUAGCCAGAGGGUCCAGUUUUCCUCUCUAUUAGGUAGCCCUCUGCUGUGAGCCUGGAGGUGCACUGCAGGUCAAAGGUUUCGCCCCCAAAUCUGUCCCUCCUGCUUCAUUAAACACAGGCUUUAGCUGGACCCAGGGGGAAUCAGGAUGGUGGUGCUCAUUCAUUCUACCUGGGCCGCCCCUCCCGACCAGAGCAGAUGCAAGGGGGCCACAAGCCCACUGUGCUGGGAUUCUGCUUCCCCUCCCCAAUUGGGGCCCCUUGUGGGGAGGUUAAGGUCUCAGCAAGGGCAUCUGUUUCCAGGAAACCACUUGAAUGGAAUUCCAAGCAUGAAGCUAAUCCCAUCCUGGGGCGCCAUCCUGGCCAAGCCUUCACAAGGAAGCCAGGUAGAGCUGAGAGCUCAGGCCUUAGGGAUGCCUGUCUUAGCAUGUCACCUUGGGCCCUGUGAGCAUUGGUGUCCUUGUCACAAUGUCAGGGCAUCAACUAGGUUUACUCAGUUGAAAAAUGCUGGGGGCACAGGCUUACAGGACCCACCAUGGAUCCGGAAGAAGCCCAAGCACAAAAGGAAUGAGGUGCUGGGCGUGCCCGCAGAGGCCUAUCGCUACGGCCUCAAGUUCCUCUGGAUGUGCCUGGGCCAGUUGCUCAACUCCCUGCUGACCGCCACUUUCUACCUGCCAAUAUUCUACCGCCUGGGCCUCACCAGCACCUACCAGUACCUGGAGCUGCGUUUCAGCCGGGCUGUGAGGCUCUGCGGGACCGUGCAGUACUUGGUGGCCACAGUGCUGUACACUGGCAUCGUGAUCUACGCCCCUGCGCUCAUCCUGAACCAAGUGAGUGGGCUGGAUAUCUGGGCGUCGCUCCUAUCCACCGGAGCCAUCUGCACCUUUUACACCACUGUGGGUGGCAUGAAAGCUGUGAUCUGGACCGAUGUGUUCCAGGUCGUGGUGAUGCUGGCUGGCUUCUGGGUUGUCCUGGCCCGUGGGAUCAUGAUUGUAGGUGGGCCCAGGCAGGUGCUCCAGCUUGCUCAGAACCACUCCCGGAUCAACUUGAUGGACUUUGAUCUGGACCCACGGAGUCGUUACACAUUCUGGACUUUUGUGGUGGGUGGCACGAUAGUGUGGCUCUCAAUGUAUGGUGUGAAUCAAGCACAGGUGCAGCGUUAUGUGGCCUGCCGCACGGAGAAGCAAGCCAAACUGGCCCUGCUCAUCAACCAGCUGGGCCUCUUCCUGAUUGUGUUCAGCGCUGCUGGCUGUGGUAUCGUCAUGUUCACACUCUAUAUGGACUGCGACCCCCUCCUCAAAGGGCGUAUCUCUGCCCCAGACCAGUACAUGCCCCUGCUCGUGCUGGACAUCUUCGCGGACAUGCCUGGAGUCCCUGGGCUCUUUCUGGCCUGUGCCUACAGUGGCACCCUCAGCACUGCGUCCACCAGCAUCAAUGCCAUGGCUGCCGUGACUGUGGAGGACCUCAUCAAACCACGGCUGCCCAGCCUGUCGUCCCGGAGACUCAUAAUCAUCUCCAAGGGGCUCUCGCUCAUCUAUGGCUCCGCCUGUCUUAUCGUGGCGGCUCUGUCCUCGCUGCUGGGGGGCGGUGUCCUCCAGGGCUCCUUUACCGUCAUGGGUGUCCUCAGCGGCCCCCUCCUCGGAGCUUUCACUCUGGGAAUGUUCCUCCCUGCCUGCAACACGUGGGGCGUCUUCUCCGGGAUCGCGGCUGGCUUGGCGCUCUCGCUGUGGGUGGCGGUGGGCUCCACUCUGUACCCGCCCAGCGCGCAGUCCAUGGGGGUCCUGCCGUCCUCGGCCGCCGGCUGUGCGGAGUCCUCAGCCAACGCCUCUGGCCUCCUGGGCCCGCUCUUUGCUACCAACGCCUCCAGCGAGGCUCCCAGAAUGGACCCUGGCCGACCCAGCUUGGCUGACAGCUUCUACGCCAUUUCCUAUCUUUAUUAUGGUGCCCUGGGCACACUGAGCACCAUUCUAUGCGGAGCCCUUGUCAGCUACCUGACGGGCCCCACCAAGCGCAAUGCACUGAUUCCUGGACUGCUGUGGUGGGACCUCACGCAGCAGACAGCAUCGGUGACCCCCAAGGAAGUGGCCACCCUGGGUGACAGCUUGGUGAAGGGGGCUGAGGAACUGUCCCUCAGAGCCAAGAGGCCUCCUGACUUCCUGCCCACCGAUGACGACCAUCUGCUCUUCCUGCGGCAGAAGGAGGUAAAUGAAGCCAGCUCUGGCUCCUGGACCACCGGCCGUGGACAUGAGGAUGGUCAUGAUCUGCAGGAAACUGACCUCUGAGCUAGCCUGGGACUGACCGCCUGGGAUGGAACCUCAGGGUGGGCCAAUCCCAGGCCAUGGGCCAAUCCCAGGCCAAGGAGCAAUGGCCUUGGGCUCUGAUUGGCUGGAUGGCAUCAUAUGCAAAUGAGCUCAGGACUACCCAUCCACCCUAUGAAAAGAGGCAAAGCCACACCUCCAGGAGGUCAUUUUAUCCAGCACCCUGCUUCCAGGCAGAACCUAGUCUUAGAUACUGCACCCCUACCUGCUGCCUGCUGCCCCAAAAUGAAGCCAGGUUUUUCUUUACUUAAAAUAGAAAGGUGUCAGAGUUCUCUCUGGACAACAUGGGAAACUGUCAGGUCCAACAUUAGGGUCUGAGAAAGAUCCCAGCUCUUUCCUGGGAGGUCUCUUGACCUUAGCAAGGAUUUUGGAGGUCCACAGACCGAGCUCCCUUCACUCCAUUUCACAGGUGGGGAAAUAAGGCCUGGAGAGGGCCAAGAACUUGGCCAAGGUCACAGAGCUAACCAAAGACGCAUCAAGAGUUGGACACCAGCUCUCCCUCCUCACCCCCUACCUGUUCUCCUCCCUUUGGAUGUUACAUGGCCUCUGGAGGAGGAGGCAAGGAAGAAGGAGAAAUAACGUUUCAGCUUUCCCUCGUGCCUAGUCACUUUCCCCAUCACAUCUAUUAAAGACUAUGAACCCACUUUACAGAGGAAAAAAAUUGAGGCUCAGCGAGGUUGCCUGACGUCACCCAGUGAGUCUGGUCGGGUAGGGACAGGCCUGGGUGCUGCAUGAUGCGGGGGCGCCAUUGCUGACACAUUACUGGUAUACAGGAUCCCAUCAGCCCAGCGAAUGCAUGUCCCUGGAAUGUUCCUGGCACUUGGCUGGAGACUUUAUCCACAUACAUCAAGUAAAUGGACUCUGAGGUUUAAUGUCUUGAGCUCUCUGAAAAAUCAUUCUGGUCUGAGAUCUCUCAAAUCUGAGUGCAAAUCUCUGUCUCUUGCCUCAAGCCUGUGAGUGAAUAAACCUGAGUAUUUAAAGCAUCA